AGAAAAAGCCCUAUAUGUUAAUUUCACUAGACGUUUGAUGAGCAGAAAAAAAACAUUAACACAAUCAUUUGGAACUACUUACUCAUUAAUUUGAUUUGUAAUUUCUACUUGGAACUGGACUAACUACUAGAUACACCCAUCUCAUACUUCUCAUAUCAUGUAUCAAACUUAUCAGUCUGUUCAUUCAUUUGGUGCACACACCAAAAGUACAAAAGCAUAUAUAUAUAAUUUCAAGUGAUUGCUGUACCACUCAUAUUCCAAAGUGAAACCCUGGAAGAAAAAACCUAUCCAACUGUCAAUACAAUUGCUAAAAUGAAUAACAGUAAUUAUACCAUUAGUAUCAAUGAAAACAAUGAAACAAUAACUACGACAGUGAGCAGUAUCGAAGGAACUGGAGGUGUUGUGGAAAUACAAACUGAAACUUGUGACGACCCAUUAAAAGAAUUUGUAUCUCCUGUACGUGGUAUACCACGUUGUUGUCGUAAAUGUGAACCCGGCAAUGGUAUGUUACGUUUAUGCUCAAAUACAGAAGAUACACAAUGCCGACCAUGUAAACCAGGUUUUGAAUUUUCGCCUUUUAGAAGUGCAACAAAAAAAUGUUUGCACUGUCGACGUUGUGAAGAGAUUCAUCCACUGGCGAAAACACGUAAUGAAUGCACUCCCAUAACAGACACAAUAUGUCAAUGUGAAAAACCAUACUAUAUGUCAGAAAAAGAACAAACAUGCAAACCAUGCACUGUUUGUAAACCUGGUGAAGGUAUAGUACAGGCAUGUGGUUGGAAUUCCGAUACACAAUGUCAAUCAUGUCCGGCUGGUUUCUGGUCUGCACAAAGUAUUGAUAAUGUAAAGUGUAUACCUUGUCAAUCAUGUGGAAAAGAUCAAGUUUUAGUAAAACAAUGUUCACCAACAUCAGAUACUCUUUGUUGUCCAUUAAAUAAUCCCAACUGUACACAUGAAUUGUCAAUGUAUUUCGUAUCAGAUACAACAACAAUAAGACCAUCUGAACUACAUAUUAAAAACUCGAAAGAAUAUGAUAAAUUCGAUGAAAAUGAAAUGAAAGAUGAGAUUGAAAUGAAAGAUUUAAAUUGGCAAAAUUUAUUACCAAAAUCAUCAUCUGAUCAAUUAGAGAAUAGAACUUAUCCAAUGCAAAUACAAACAGCAUUUCGUAUUGAUGACUAUUCAGCAUACGACCAAGAAUCGGAUACAUCAAACAAUAAUAACAAAUCUAAUCAAAUGUUACCAAUUUAUUGUUCCAUCAUGGGUUUAAUAAUUAUUUCAUUAUUAUGUUAUGUUGUAUACAAAUUAUGGCGACAAAGAGAAGCGUCAAAAAAUGCCAAAUUAACUGAUUCGUACAAUAGUAACAAAACUGAUUUAUUAGAUAGAACAUCUUGUUUGGAUAAUAAUCAUUUACAACAUCGAAGAAUCUCAUCAGGUUUCAUAAAUAAUAAUAAUAAUAAUGCUCAUUUACCAAAUCAUUCACCUCAGUCUACAACUGAACUUAAUAACACUAUUAAUUCAACACCCGAUAACGAUAUUAAUAAUCAUCUUCAAUUUAAUGAUAUUAUUGUUGGUCAUGAAAAAGCACCAUUACUUGGGAAAUUAGAUCAUUCAAACAGCUCAUUUAGUAAUUUUGAACAAAAACCAAUAUCAGUAAUUCCAAUGAAUAUCCUAGGAGUUAUUUGUUAUCGUUUAUCUCAACACGGAUGGCAGGAACUGGCUAAUAUAAUGGAUUUAGAAACAAGCAAAUUUGAUCAAUUACCCUCAGAGGUAACAUCAGACUUAUUAUCAGCUGCUAUGGAAGCUCAAAAUACUGUUGAAUCCCAUUUAAAACUAUGUAAUCAAGAUAACCCUAAUACAAUACAAUCAAUCACUAAUAACAAUCCUAAAAAUAACUUAACAAUGACCGUUUCAAUGUUCCAAUAUAUGUGUCUACAAAAUGUGAAUUUAGGUCAACUAAUGAAUUCUUUACAAAAACUUAAUCGUUCAGAUCUUGUCGCCUUAAUUCAACAACACACUGGAAUAAUAAAAUUGAAAAAAUCUAUCAAUCAUUCAAAUGAAGAAUAUAAAGAUAAAACAAAAUCAAUGAAAUCCAAAGAAAUUUUCCAAAUAGAAAACUAAUUACAAUUCUUUAUUCCUAAUAUAAAUAGAUUAUCAUUGAAUAAAGAAAAUAUUUAAUUAGUUUUACUAGAAUAGUACUUUUAAUCUAAGUCAAAAUAAUCAUAGCCUUUCAUUAAUUUACUUUACCCUAAAUCAAACAUUAUAAUUAAUUUACAGGAUGAAAGGAUAAAAUACAUUGUUGAAUUAUAAGAUCUUUUUUAAUACUUUUUACAGUUUAAUUAUAUUUCAUUAUUAUGUAACAACAAUAACAAUAACAAAUCAUCUAUUUGCUAUUUAAUUUUAAAAUUAUUUCAAACCAGUGAACUAUUAAACAUUUUUUUCUAUUGACAAUUGAAUGCAUUUCAAACAAAAAGAAUAUCACAAUGAAACAAUAGUACAUAGAGAGUCAAGGCAUGAAAUUAAACAAAACUUCGUCAAUAUAAAAUACCCAUUCUUACUUUUCUUUUGUGUGUAUGUGUGUGUGUGUGUGUUUAAUCAAAUAUAUACUUGUUAUAUGUUAUUGAUAUGUUUCAUGGUUUUAUCUCUGUAUAUUGUGUGCUAACUUGUUCAUUUGUCAAAUAUCCAACAUCUUUUUUAAUUCAAACAUUUAAUAAAAUCGUUUAUCUGAUCAUGUUAUUUUGUUGAAUUUUUCUAUAAUAAAAACAAACAAACAUACACUUGAGUGUUAACUUGAACAAUGUUAAAUAAGAAUUGAAUGGUUUCAUUUGUGUAAAAUAUAAUAAGUGUUUAUCUUCUAUACCGGAAAUAUAUUUCAAUAAUGAUAGAAUAUUCUUAACAAUGGUUGAAUGAUGUAUGACAUAAAAGAAAAUAUAAACAGAACUAGAAAUUGUUUAUUAAUUAGCCGGUGAUCAAUCUAUUAAAAAAAUAACACAACAUAUAUAUUGACAAUUGUGUUUAAUGAUCUAUUGCUUUUAUUGUAAGUUUCCAAUUUCUUUUUAUCAAUAUUACAAAACUAACAAUAACUAUUGUUACUAUUCCCUUUUAUUAUUCAUAUCGCCUAUUUGAUUAUAAAUUAAUAGUUAUUUAAAGAAUCUUUAUACAACUGUUUACCUAUUCUCAUGUUUGUUUUGUUUUUGUUUUUCUGAAUAAAAUAGGAUAAAAUAAUAUUCAAUGUUAAUUGAAUACAUUUAUUGAGACAUUUUGUACAUAAUGAAUCGCCUUACAUAUUAAAAUCCAUUUUAUAUUGAGAUAUAAACAAUAAGUGUUUUUUUUCUUCUUUUUUUAACAUGCUCUAUUCCCCAUUUAUUUUUUGUUUUGCUUCUUUUCAUGCAUAAAAUGCAAGAAAAAGUAAUCAUAAUAAAACUUAAUAUGAUAGCAUAUAUUACUUAUUAAUUAGGUUGAUUUCCUUAUUGUUUCUUACUUAUUUGAAUUUUUCUGUACAAAUUACAAUUACUUUUACUGAACACACAUACAUGUAUACUUCUGCCAUUAUGUUUUCUUUGCUUUGAAUAAAUUUAUGAUAUUUCACUCUGAUAGU